AGCAGAGAGGAAUGAAAGGGGAGGACAUGGUAUAAUGAUACUAAAAUGUUGCAGGACAUGGGGUGUGAUGAGAAUAAGUGGCUGUAGCAUUCAAAUGCACCUAAACGAGUUUGGAAUUGAAUCUACACUGUAGGACUACAGAAGCAACACUUUUAAAUCAGUUGGUUCAUCAAAUACCAUAUACAUCACAACCUUAAAAAUAUAGCAGAAAUAUGUUGGUUUUGGGAAUUCUAGUUUAUAACUCUAUCACAGUAAAAAUCCAGAGUAAAAGUACUUAUCUAAGCAAUGCUGUGUACAUUGUGAUGCACACUCUGAAAUUGGUGCUGGAAAAUUGCACUAAAAUUAUAUAUUUCUUAUCCCUUUGGCAAGAGGAACCCAAGUUUGUUGUAACAGCUAUAUGUAGGUGCAAUUUUUUUUCCUAUUCCUAGAGCUGGAAAGUAGUUAAGUACAGAAGAAAUUAACUGAUGUCAGUGUUACACUUAAGGACUGAAAUAAUUGAUUUCAGUGGUAUAUAAAAUCUAUUGUGCUGAUAUUUUUUUUUUAAUUGCACAGAGUUGAAGAAAUACCAGCUCACAAAUCUGGAUUACUUCUGUACAUUCAGCACUUCAGUCUUUUCCCAUGUCUCUGCUUCAGGCCUAAGUGUUAUCAUUACCUCAGACUGAUAGCUGAUAACUCAAACGUCUUAGUCUGUUUUGUUUUUUUUGUAUCCCUUAUCCACUUUUUCCACCAGGCAAAGUAAAGCCAAAUGUUACUGCAAAGGUGAAAUAACGAAGAUGCUUUAUGAUAAGAAAUCUGGCACCAAUAUGUAGCUCAAAACAUCUUAUGAAGUGAGUAAAUGGAAGUUAUAUUCAAGAUAUUUGGGUUUUUUCCCCAAGGAUCUUCUCUGCUACAUUUUUCCUGGAUCAGGAAUCAUAUUCUCAAGAAUGGGAAAAAGUUCUGUCAGGAUAAACAAAAACGUAGCAUUUUGGAGUACAUGUGCAAGCAGGUUUUGGCAGCCACUAAGGAUUUCCUAAAGAUAUACAGAAUAAAAUACAAUUUAAGUAAGGAAAAGAACUUCUACACUAUGAAUCACAUACAUACACCUUGAUAACACUCAGUUGCAAGUUAAUUUUAUGAACCGUGGCUGAACGGAGCUUAAAGGGCCACAGAUGAAAGAAAGAACAUGAACUUUUCUGAAGGUGUGAGAUGUGUCUGGCAGUGACCUCCUUACCUCAGUAAUAAAGAAGAGUUUUUCUACAGGAGCUUAGGAUAUCUUUACUCCAGCUUCUUAAUAUGCUAACUGGAAUGGUGCUCUGACAACAAUUCCCCAUAAUAAAGCACUUACCCUACUACAGAACAGUAUUUCUUUCUCUACUGAUAAUGUAACUCAAUGGCGGAAAAUAAUGUUUUGAUAAGCAUGCCUGAAGAUCGUUCCUUUCACGUGCGAUACAGGAUGGAGGCUUCCUGCCUGGAGCUGGCUCUGGAAGGCGAGCGCCUGUGCAAGGCAGGAGAUUGCCGGGCUGGAGUGUCUUUCUUUGAAGCAGCUGUCCAGGUUGGAACUGAAGAUUUACGAACGCUGAGUGCUAUUUACAGCCAGCUGGGCAAUGCCUAUUUCUACCUGCAGGAAUAUGCAAAGGCCUUGGAAUACCAUCACCACGAUUUAACUCUUGCAAGGACAAUUGGAGAUCUACUGGGAGAAGCUAAAGCUAGUGGGAACCUGGGCAACACCUUAAAGGUACUUGGGAAUUUUGAAGAAGCUAUCGUUUGCUGUCAGAGACAUCUGGAUAUUUCCAGAGAACUCAAUGAUAAGGUUGGAGAAGCAAGAGCACUGUAUAAUUUGGGAAAUGUAUAUCACUCUAAAGGGAAAAAUGUAGCUAAUGCUGGGACUCAUGAUCCAGGGGAACUUCCAGAUGAUGUGAAAAAUGCUUUACAGAAAGCUGCAAAAUAUUAUGAGGAAAACCUGUCAAUAGUAACAGAGCUGGGUGACAGAGCAGCACAAGGACGUGCCUUUGGAAAUUUGGGAAACACACACUAUCUUCUGGGCAACUUCAGGAGUGCAGUUUUAGCCCAUGAACAGCGUCUCCUAAUUGCAAAAGAAUUUGGUGAUAGAUCAGCAGAAAGAAGAGCAUACAGCAACCUUGGAAAUGCCUACAUAUUCCUGGGGGAAUUUGAAACUGCUGCUGAAUACUACAGGAGGACGCUGCAGCUGGCUCGGCAGCUGAAGGACAGAGCUGUGGAAGCGCAGGCCUGCUACAGCCUGGGGAACACCUACACCCUGCUCCAGGACUAUGAGAAAGCAAUUGAUUAUCAUCUCAAACACCUUGUGAUUGCUCAGGAGCUACAUGACAAAAUUGGGGAAGGAAGAGCAUGCUGGAGUUUAGGGAAUGCUUACACUGCUCUGGGAAAUCAUGACCAAGCCAUCCAUUUCGCAGAAAGGCACCUGGAGAUUUCAAGAGAGGUAGGAGACAGAAGUGGAGAACUCACUGCCAGACUUAAUCUCUCAGAUCUUCAAAUGGUUCUUGGAUUAAGCUACAGCACAAACAACUCCAUGAUGGCAGAAAGCCAUGCAGUGGAAAACAGUUUGAAUGGUGGCAGACCAAGAGGACGCCGUUACAGUAUGGAGAACAUGGAACUUAUGAAAUUAACUCCAGAAAAGGUUCCGAACUGGAACAGUGAGAUUCUUGCUAAACAGAAACCACUGGUUGCCAAAACUUCAGCAAAACUUCAUUUUGUAAAUCGACUGAAAGGCAAAAAGUACAAAAACGGCACCACCUCCAAAGUUUUGCAGGAUGCCAGUAACUCCAUUGAUCAUCGACUUCCAAACUCUCAGAGGAAAAGCAGCCGUGAGACAAUGGCAGACGAAGGGUUCUUUGAUCUGCUGAGUCGGUUCCAGAGUAACAGGAUGGAUGAUCAGAGGUGCUGCUUCCAGGAGAAGAACAGACUCUCAGCUCCUUCAGUGGCAACAUCCUCUACUCCACCUAAAACGAUGAUAAAAUCCUUUUCCACGUCCGUGGUGUCCCCGCACACGGACGAGUUCCUGGAGCUGCUGGCGAGCUCGCAGAGCCGGCGCCUGGACGACCAGCGCGCCAGCUUCAGCGAGCUGCCCGGCCUGCGCCUGCGGCAGCGCGGCAGCCAGGCCCUGCUGGGCCACCUCGUGGCCAGCAGCAACAGGGACCUGGAUGACGACUUCUUCGACAUACUGAUUAAAUGCCAGGGUUCCAGACUGGACGAUCAGAGAUGUGCUCCUCCAGGAGCUGCCAAAGGCCCCACUGUACCAGAUGAGGAUUUUUUCAGCCUGAUUUUGCGCUCACAAGCGAAGAGAAUGGAUGAGCAGAGAGUCCACUUACCCUCAGCUAUAAAGGGCUCCAAUUCCAGCUGAAGACCCCAGAAGUAUGUACAGCAGCAGCCUAGGGAUCAUUCUGGUUUGCUGGAAAAGCACACUUGCCUUUUUUAAGAUGACUACAAUUAGUAGCCCUGUCUCCUUUCUCCUGAUUUUUCACAGAAAUAGCAGCAGCAUCACACUGGUGAGCAGUAGUUACAGAGCUGCCCCUGCUCUUGCAUUUGGCAGCUGCUUUCAGAGCAGUGUCUGAGGUACUGGUACUGUGUCCCCUCUUAUCUGCCUCUAGUCUAUCAAAAUUAUUACGACAAUUUUUUUCCUCUAUCAGUUCUCUCAUUCCUCAUUAGUGGAUUUUACCACUGUCUCAGUCUAGUGAAAGAUUUAAAUUUUUAUGUUCUUUUUAAAGAAAAUUUGAUUUUUUUCCCCUGAUUUGUACUUCCUGAAAAAAAAGUUCUGUUUUCUUUUAUACUUUUUUAAAAAAAUAAUUUAAAAAAAAAGAGAAGAAGUAGCUUUAGUAUUAGACUCUUUGCAGAAACACAGUUUGGAAGAAACAAUAAUUUCUAUAAAAAAAUUAAACCAUAGUUUUAAUUCUGUUUAAUAAAAAAUAGUUUUUUCAAGCA